AUGGAAUGUCCGAAAAAUACUUCGAUUAAUCAUAAUACUUCUAAAAUAGAUAGAUUUAGUAAUGGAGAAACUUUUAAAAAAAUUCCUUCGAUUCAGUUACCCAAUGAAUUGUUUGAAAAAAGCUUAGUUCCUUGGAAAUUCUCUCUUAUUGGAAGACUUGAUUUACAGAAGAUCAAAUUUGUUGAUGCUUCAGUUAUUUUAAGAAGUCAAUGGAAGUUAGUAGGAGAUUAUAGACUCAUUCCUCUUGGAAAGGGCUUCUUUGCAAUUAAGCUUGACAAUGAUCAAGAUAAACAACAUAUCAAAUCUCAGAAAUGGGAAGUGUUGAAUCAAAUUUUACAGAUCAGAAACUGGGUUUACAACUUCAGGCCAUCAAGUCAAAGAACUUCAAAAGCAAUGGAAAUUGGAACUCCACUCGAGAUUGAUAAUGCUACUGCUAAAUGUGAAGUUGGAUAUUAUGCAAAUGUCUUGGUCGAAGUAGAUUUUUCUCAGCAUAUCCCUAGUAAAAUUGUGGGUCAUAUGAAUACUGAAUGCAGAUUUAAGAAAAACAAAGAUCAGGAUAAAACUGUGGAAAGUGUUCAUAAACAUGAUCAAAGAAAGGAGCAACAUGUACCUUUUCAUAUUUGUGAACCUGUCAUACAGGAGGAUUCAGUAGUAGAUUCAAUUAAGGAUGUGGUUCAAACAAGUCCUUCAAAUGUGGAAUGUAUCUCACAAGGAAGUAAAUUCAGUGCUUUAGAGAAUGAUCCUCAAGAAGAGGUACUUGAAGAAGUAAUUAUGGAAACUCCUAAGAUUGUGAAAGUUGUUGAGGAAAAUGCUUUGAAUAACAGUAAUGUCAAAUUUAUUAAUGGUACAAAUGGUAAAGUAGAAGAAGUACCAAUUCAAGUUACUUCUUGGGCUAAAGUAGUUCAGAAGGAAAUGAUUACAUCUACUUCAAAUAGUACUUCUGUUGCAGCUAAAGCUCAUAAAAGUCCUACUGCUCCUUCUAAGGGGCCUAAGAAGAGUAAGGGCCCGGGAUAA